AUGGCUAGUGCUGGUAUUCAUUCUAUCCUCGUGGUUUUUUCUCUGAAAAGUCGGUAUUCUAAGGAAGAAGUAGGCGCCAUUCUUCAUUGUCUCAAGAAACUUUUCGGAGAAAAGAUCUAUGACUGCAUGAUUGUUGUGUUUACCGGUGGAGAUGUCUUGAGGAAGAAGAUGAGUCUUUUGAAGAUUAUUUGGGAAAUCCUUAGCGUCUGUAAGAAUCGAAAAGUUGUAUUUGAUAACCGGACAAAGGAUAAAGGGAAGCAAACUCAACAACGAAAGAGUCUUCUUGCAAUGGUGGAUGAAGUCAUGAAUUCAAAUGGUGGUCAACUAUAUACAAAUGAAUUAUUCCAGGAAUUAAUUAGAGCAGAAAAGGAAAUUCUUGAUCUGAAAGAAGGAAUAAAGCUUUUCGAAUCGAUAGAAAAAUCCAAUUCUGAGUUAUAUCAACCGGUGAAGAAGAGGCUUGACAGUGGCGGGGCUUACAAGAGGGCCUAG